CAAGAAGUAGGACAGGAGAAAGGGAAGGAACAAAAGAAGGAAGAUAAAAGAAAUAAGGAAAAAACAAGAAAGAGAAAAGAAGGGCAUAAGCAAAGGAAACAAACAAAAUGCCAGAAUAACAUAAGAGAAUAUGAAGAAAUAGCAAGAGAAAAGGAAGUAAAGCGAGAAUUAAGAAAAAAUAAUGAUAAGACAAACUCAAGAGAAAGGAGAAAAGCAAAGAAGAAA